UUUUCCCACACCUCCGCAAUAACUCCCUCCCCCCCACGCCUAACUAAUUUAUUAAUCCGCCAAACACCGAGGGAGCCACGCCACCACACUCCCUUUCCCUCUCCUAGCUAGCUGCAGCAUCGAGCGAGCGAGGAAGGCAAAGCGCCCAAGAAAACGCCGCAGCAGCCACCACCACCACCAACCCCUCCCUUUCCCUCUCCGUCGCCCGCCCCCGCCUCCGCCUCUCCUACAAGAACCCCCACCCCGACCGCCGAUAGCUACCUAGCUCCCACCCCGCUCGCCUCGCCCCUCGACUCCCCACCUUCUCCAUUCUUCCCUCCCUUCGCCGGAGAUCCAAGAAACCUAGUGGGGGAAGCCAGCCAGGGGGGGAAGGAACGAGGGCGGGCGAUGGGAGGAAGGGGCGCGAUGCUCGCCGUGUUGGCGGUGGUGCUUCUUGCGGCGGCCGGCGGCGGCGCCGCGGCGGAAUCGAGUGAGGCGUCGGCCAAGGGGAUGUACCACGCGCUCUUCAACUUUGGGGACUCGCUUGCCGAUGCCGGCAACCUCAUCCAGAACGGCACCCCGGAGAUCCUGGCCACCGCGCGCCUGCCCUACGGCCAGACCUACUUCGGCAAGCCCACCGGCCGCUGCUCCGACGGACGCCUCGUCAUCGACCACCUCGCGCAAGAGUUUGGCCUGCCGCUGCUGCCGCCGUCCAAGGCCAAGAACGCCAGCUUCGCGCACGGCGCCAACUUCGCCAUCACCGGCGCCACCGCGCUCGACACGCCCUACUUCGAGGCCAAGGGGCUCGGUGCCGUCAUCUGGAACUCCGGAGCGCUCAUGACCCAAAUCCAGUGGUUCCGUGAUCUCAAGCCUUUCUUCUGCAACACAACGGAGGCAUGCAAGAAAUUCUUUGCCAAGGCACUGUUUGUGGUCGGUGAGUUUGGCGGCAACGACUACAACGCGCCCCUCUUUGCCGGCAUGGGCAUCCCAGAGGCCUACAAGUUCAUGCCGGAUGUCAUCCAGGGCAUCUCUGACGGUAUCGAGGCACUGAUUGCUGAGGGGGCUGUGGACAUGAUUGUGCCUGGUGUCAUGCCCACAGGCUGCUUCCCAGUGUACUUGAACAUGCUUGAUGUGCCCGAAGAGGGAAAGGGCUCCCGCAGUGGGUGUGUCCGCCAGUACAACACGUUCUCCUGGGUGCACAAUGCACAUCUCAAGGCCAUGCUUAAGAAGCUCCGGGCUAAGCACCCCAAUGUGAGGAUCAUAUAUGGCGACUACUACACUCCAGUUAUCCAGUUCAUGCUUCAGCCUGAAAAGUUUGGUUUUGCCAAACAACUGCCUAGGGCAUGUUGUGGGGCUCCAUCUACUCCUGAGAGAGCAGCUUACAACUUCAAUGUCACGGCCAAAUGUGGCGAGCCCGGUGCAACUGCCUGUCCUGAUCCGACAACCCAUUGGAGCUGGGAUGGCAUUCACCUGACGGAGGCUGCUUACCGCCAUAUUGCCAAAGGCUGGUUAUAUGGGCCUUUCGCGGACCAACCAAUCAUCCAAUCUUCAUGAUCACACCACUCCUGUUGUAGAGUUUGUCAAAGUAGCGCACUGAAAGAAAAUGGAGCGGGGAAAGUAGUUCUUCCGUACAGUUCCAAUGUUUGCAUACAUGUACAUCUCCAUUUGAUUGUAUUCAUUUGCCAUUGGGGGUACAAAGGUGGGAUAGGAGGCUACACAAAGGCCUGAUUUUCUUGAUUUGUCAGGUGGGUAUAAAUAUGAAAAAUGUAACGCACAGAUAAUCAUGUAUAUUGUGUCCCGGAAAUGUGAUACAGACUGUCUGCUUGAGGAGCUUCUGAUUCUCUGAUUAAAGAUGAGCCAGUUUUGCGAUUCU